UGGAGUCAUUCUUUCAACAAACAUGCUGUUGAUAAAACUGCAAACUGCUUACACCCAGUUCUGCACGUUGAUAUACGUUUGCAAAUUGCACUAGCACUCCAGAUCUUACCGAAACGAGGGAAUAAUCGCAUGGUGGUAGUAAAUCGAAGCGGUUCAUCGACACUCCUGGAUCAUAGCUAGCAAAGCUAACCUGCUACGAAGAACAGCAGUACGGGUUAGCGUGAGUGGCUAGCUAAUCACCAUCCUCCCUGGAGCCUGAGUCAUUGUCCUUAAAAAGAUGGAGUCUUCAGACCAGUCUGGCCCAGAUUCUGGGGCUCAGGAAGUGAACCUCGUCUUCCUGCAGCAGCUGCGAGAACUGGACAUCCCAGAGGAGGCUGCCAAACAGGCACUCUUACACACCAGGAAUGUCUCUGCUGAGGAAGCUGCCAUGUACUACUUCAACAAACUGGAAAAUGAGGAGGAAGGAGAUGAGGAUGUCAUGUAUAAGAUGGUCUUUGUGGUGAACAUGGAUCUGUCCAUGGGUGUUGGCAAGGUGGCGGCCCAGGUGGGUCACGCAGCAGUGGGGUUGUAUCAGGCCAUGCAGGAGAAGAACAGCUGGCGGGAAAUGGCCUGGAAAUGGGAUCACGCCGGGGCUAAGAAGGUGGUCUUACAGGGCACAAACAUGGCUCACCUGUUGGAGCUCCAGGCCCUGGCUAUGAGCCUCAGUCUUCCCACAUACCUGGUACAGGAUGCAGGACUCACACAGGUGGAGUCUGGCUCACGCACUGUGCUGGCCAUAAUGGGAGAAGAAGAGAUGGUGAACAAUGUUACUGGGAGUCUGAAGCUGCUUUGAGUGCGCUGUAAGGCGAAGGGUCUUACAUAAGGAAACCCAGAGCUGUGACGUAGCACUCAGUAACCACUGAGGGGCAGCAUACCCUGACAACAUCAAGGCUUGAAGUAUGGCAAAGUGUAUCAGAGGAAAAAAAAACCCAUCCUGAACAAUAACCACCCUAUAGGAUCCACGCAAAAAAACAUACGCACGCACGCACGCACACACACACACACACACUUUUCAUACCAACAUGUGAAAUGCCAUUCCUGCUCCAAGUCCUGUCUGAGGGCUGCUAAUGCAGAGAGGUUGCCUGCAUGGCUCUCUCAUUCCAGACAGUCUGGUGUUUACAUUAUAUACAUAUAAGUAUAAUGUAUUUAAUGUUUAUGACACACUGAUGGGAUUUCUGAAUUUGGAAAAACACUAGUGUAGGGGAGAAAUAAGUGUUUUCUGGAUGAGAAGGCCAGAGAUGGACAUUAAUCCUGACUGUGUGUAAUGAUUAGGGUAGAGAUGGUAUUCAUCCACCUUUAAAUUUCCCCAAACUUAAAACAUAAAUAUGUGUUCUGGUAAGAAUAUAUGAAUCUGAAAUAUUAUUACCCGGUGUAUUGGUGAUUGUCAAACCAAAGUAGUUAAUGUAAGUCAAAGAUUAAAAUUUAGUUGCUUUAAAAAAUAAAAAAAUGUAAAGUCACAUUAUGUAUAGACAUAGAAGCUUCCAGAAACCUGUAAUGGUUCACUGCAUAUCAAUAGAGGAACAACCUUCACCAUGCUGUCAGUGUGUAAAUCUGUGUUUGUAUAUAUUACCUAUUGUAACAACACACGUAUGCAAGUAAGAUUCCCCUCCUGCAGAAUCCCAGUGUGUAAACUAAUAUGGAUGGACAUUGAGGUACAAUGACCAAUAUUCAAAGCCAUAUGUUUACUGUGCUGUGCCAUUAUCGGUGUCCCUGGCAGUCAUUAUUGGACUGUUAUUUUUAUAUAUAUAUAUUCAUAUUUGUUUUGUUCUGUUUUCUGUAAAGGCACGUUUGAAUUGUUGACUGUCAGUUGUUGAACUACAGAGGUUGUGUAUCUGCAAUAACAGUGUGAUAUUAGUUUGUAAUGACAAAAUGCUCGUGGUAAUUUAGGCCCAUAUCCUGCUCGCCUGGUAACAGUCUUAAGUAUGCAGACGUCCUGUGUGCGUGUGUGUGCACACGCAUGUUUCUCCCCUAUAAUUUAAUUACACUUUUGCAAGUCUUGUUAUUUUUUUAGUGUGUUGUCUAUUGAGAGAUGACCAGUUGAAAUCGAUGUUACUCAUAAAAUAUUGUAAGGUGUUGAUGGUUUGAGUUUAUUAUAUACACCAGAGACAUUUUGUUGCCAGGCUGUUGGCAAGACGUUUAACUACACAACAAAAUCAUCUUGCAUCUGCCACUGAACAACUGGUUCUUUGAAAGUUUGAGAAAAAGACAAAUGAUUAAAAAAGUUUCCACUGC